UUAACUUGAAGUUUCACUUGAUCAGUCACUGAGUACUUACAACAUCCUGGUGCACAUCGCAUGCUCAGGAUAGGUAUUCUGGUGGCGUAGGUAUCCCUAAAGUUCCCUUUGACAGGCAAGCCAGCUUUGGUUCAUUCCAGGCUUUGUCGAAUGAGCCCGACACUCUCAGGCUCCGACCUACUUGCCCUAGCCAUAUUUCUGGCAUACUUCACGACUAUCAUUAUACUGAUUGGUAUUAUCCUGUAUUCUCUCCCUCUGCACACAAAUACCGGCGCCUUCGAUUUCAGACCAUAUGUUUUCGGUUCGCUUGCAUUUGCAUCAUUUACCCAUACGUGGUUCUAUAUGUUUCGAUUUCUUUCUUGGAGCUUUCAUGAUUUCGAAUCACACUCUAGAAGUGUGGAGGCUUCGGCCACUAUGAGGCUCAUAGCUUGGUUAAAGAAUACAGAACUCUUCGAGCAAGCUUGGGCGGCCGUAUGCUCGCGCCCACUCAACUGGUGGUGGAGUGAGCAACUCUGCCUUUUCACUGUAGGUGCAUGGACGAUCUUUCUCGUCCUACGAGGUCGUCUUCACUCGAUUAAGCACGUUUGGGCAUACAUGCUAGUUGGACAGCUCGUCGCAAUUAGCGUUGCAACCAACCUGUUUUUCCUAGCCGUGUCACUGUCAGGGAAGGGCCAUGCAGUUUCAGAGAGUCGGUCAGCGCUCACGCGCGCGCCAUUCAUUCUGACAUUUUGUGUCGUCGUCUCCAUGACGACGGUCGCAUUAUCACCAUUCACCUCUGAGCGAACCUUCCUUCCCAACCUGCUCACAAUGCACACCUUGAUCUUUCUCCCUCUGUUUCCAUGGUUCCUUCGAUCCAAAUCGUCAAAGACACUCAUGUCUUCACGUGUACUGUAUAGCGUUAUCACCGCCGUUAGUUUCAUGCUAAGGCUAAAAACCACCGCUGUCGCCUUCAGAUCUCUUCCUGCGGAGAUGCAAUCCUUUACCGGAUUCCUAACGGCUAUCGGGGCCACCCUCUACUCCCAUCCCGCACAAUCAUCCAUUGGAUGGGAUGUGGUAUGGACUAGCAUAUCCUUCCUCACCUGGAUAGCUCUCGAUCACACUGUAACCCCACCUCCUUCUCCUCAUCUCAAACCCUUCUUGCUUCCUCUAUUCACAUCUCUCACGGUUGCACUAUCCGCUGGUGUUAGUGCUCCGUUCGUUUUACUUGCAAGCACACCCCGAGAGGCUCCGCAGAAAAAAGAAUAGUUCGCAUGGACGUCUCGGAUGAAGCACACCUUUACUCCACUAGACGAAUGCAUGUAGCGCCUAUCUAGCUAGCAAUAUGGAAUCAAACGCAGGAUGACCUUGUAUCAGACCUGAUAGGCUAUCUAUCGGUACCGAUCAACGUUGACGUCGUGCCUAGGAACCCUUCGAGAAGCGUUCACCAACAACUCAAGGAAUGUAGUACCGAUGGAGUAACCAGGACAAACAGGAACCAGUCAGGGCUAGUUCUGUUGAUCCCG